CGGUCACUGCGCAUGCGCACUGCGCCUUUCCCGCUCGCAGCGACUCCGACGAGGCGAGGCGAAUCAUUCCCGCGCCUUUAGCUUUCGAUGAAACAGACCCAAACAAACAGAAAUAAGAGAAGAGCUCAGGAAAUACACCCUCCAGCCGCUCCUUCAUCUGAGCGACGUGUUCCGCCGUGCGCGCAGCCGCCCUGCUGCUCGUGCCCGCUCUGCGCGGGCGUGUGAUCGUGAGUGCGCGCGCGCGUCGUGAGCAGCACGCGACUGUGUCCCGUUUUAACGUCUGUCAUGUCCAAACUGGAGCAGAUUCUGAUCCUCGACCCGCCGGGCGACCUCCGCUUCAGAGGACCCUUCACAGAUGUGGUGACCACUAACCUGAAGCUGAGGAACCCGUCCGACAGAAGAGUAUGCUUCAAAGUGAAGACCACAGCUCCUCGGCGCUACUGCGUGCGGCCCAACAGCGGCCUGAUCGACCCCGGCGCCACCGUCACCAUCUCAGUCAUGCUGCAGCCGUUUGAUUACGACCCAAACGAGAAGAGCAAGCACAAGUUCAUGGUGCAGACCAUCUUCGCGCCGCCCAACGUGAGCGACCUGGAAGCCAUGUGGAAAGAUGCCAAACCGGACGACCUGAUGGACUCCAAGCUGCGCUGUGUGUUUGAUAUGCCUUCAGACAAUGAGAAGAUGAACGAGCUGGAAUCGAGCAAAUCCGCGUCUGCUCUGAGCGCCUCGAAGGCCGACGGUCUGUCCCUGGACGACACGGAGAUGAGGAAACUCAUGGAGGAGUGCAAGAGGCUGCAGACGGAAGUGGGGAAGCUGCUAGACGAAAACCGCCAACUCAAGGACGAAGGGCUGAGGAUGAGGAAGGCCAAUCAGUUCGACAGCUCCGUCUCCAAGUCUUCGUCGGCGAUGCUGAGCAAAGACCCUGCCUCCAGAUCGCUGCCGUCUCUGCUCGUCGUCAUCGCCGCCAUCUUCAUCGGCUUCUUCCUCGGGAAGUUUGUCUUGUAGAGUUCUGCCGGAGCGGAGCGUGCGUUCUUGUCGAUAUAAGCGUGGCGUCUGCGCAGACGAGCCUCACGGCAGCGGAAAUAAACGUGUCUGUGUACAGGAUCAUUCAAACAGGCCUUGCCUUUCUCACACGGUUAGUACACACACACACACACACACACACACACACACUCAGAAGCGGGCCGUUCUGUGGUUCCGGGUGGGUUUCUCUGGGGUCGGGGAAGAAGAAAUUGUCCAUUUGUCCGAGCAUCACUAGCAGCCCGAUGGAGGCACUGUGUGUGUAGAGACCUGAAAAAACAACCUAUCAAUCAAUAAAAGGACGUGUUUCUCUUUCUCUCUGUGCUUUAUUAAGAGUUUAAUGGAAUGUUUUAAGUGUCACGUACAUGUUCUUUGGAUUCUUUUGAGAGAAUGGGAAGUAAUGCAGAUUCAUCGUCACACAAACACAAGCCGAUCGUCUUUGCUACUUGUUGCUGGACGGUGGCGUUACACACAUCUCCACGUUUGUUUUCUCGAGUGUGACGACGUCAGCCGGGAACGUUUCCCUCACAAACGCAAGCGAUUCCCAUCAUUUCAUGGAGUUUUCUUUAUGCAAAUUAUUCUAUGUUCGAUUGUGAGGCAACUUGACUGAAUGAAUCACGUUUGCAGUCCUGUCCCGUGGUAUUUAACAUGCUGAAAUAAAGAAUCUUUAACACUCUU